AAAAACCUGUGGAUGUAAAACACCUAACCAUCGUCACGGAUGAGAAGCCCACGGACGUCACCGGUGCUGCCGAGGACACCGAAAAGAAGCCAUUCCAAGUGACUGAAGGAAUUGAACUCAAAGAGGACGCUCCAUCGGAUAUGAUGGAAACAGAAAAACCUGUCGAGGAACCAACAACCACUGAGCCCUUCCAAGAAACGACUUUGGAGGUCUUUGAUGUUAUCUCGGAGGUGAAAGAGGACGUUUUUCUUGAAGAAGACGAGAUGGAAAAGCCUGUGGAGGUACCGACAGAGCCUAAAGUGACGGAACGAGAGCCAUCGGAGUUGACCGACGUCGCCGAAGAGGUGCCAAUUCAGGCGACUGUCUUGCCUGACAUUGAAAUGGAUGCUCCACUUAAAACCUUCGACGUUGAACAGCCGGUAGAUGUCGAGGUUCUAACUGAGAUUACGGAUGAGAAGCCAAUGAAUGUCACAGGUGUUGCUGAAGACGCGGAGGAGAAGCCAUUCGAAGUAACUGAUGGAAUUGAGGUCGAAAAAGAUGUCACCGAAAUUAAAAAACCUGUGGAUGAUACAAUGGCCACCGAACUUAUCAAGGAGGAGGCUGAGGAAGUACUUGAAGUAAUCUCGGAGGUGAAAGAGGAAAUCGUUCGUGAAACAGAUGAGGUGGAACAGCCUGUGGAGGUACCAGCAGAGCCCGAGGUGACGAAACGAAAGCCAUUGGAGUUGGCUGAAGUCGCCGAAGAGGUGCGGGUUCAGGAGGCUGUCUUGUCUGACAUCGAAGUGGAUACUCCACUUGAAACAUCUGACGUGGAGCGGCCUGUAGAUGUAGAGGUCGUAACUGAAGUUACGGAUGACGAGCCAGUGGAUGUGAGAAAUGUCUCUGAGGAUGCAGAGAAGAAGCCAUUCGAAGUGACUGAUGGAACUCAGGUGGAAAAAGAUGUGACCGAAAUUGAAAAACCUGUGGAUGUUACGAGGCCCACCGAACCUAUCAAAGAGGAGGCUGAGGAAGAAUUUGAAGUCAUCUCGGGGGUGAAAGAGGAAAUCGUUCGUGAAACAGAUGAGGUGGAAAAGCCUGUGGAGGUACCACCAGAGCCCGAGGUGACGGAACGGAAGCCACUGGAGUUGGCGGUGCCGUCUCAGGAGGCUGCCUCGUCGGAUAUGGGAGUGGAUACUUCCUUGGAAUCCUCAGACGUUGAAAAACCUGUGGAUGUAAAACACCUAACCAUUGUCACGGAUGAGAAGCCCACGGACGUCACUGGGCUUGCCAAGGACACCGAAAAGAAGCCAUUCCAAGUGACUGAAGGAAUUGAACUCAAAGAGGACAUUCCAUCGGAUAUGACCGAAACAGAAAAACCUGUCAAGGAACCAACAACCACUGAGCCCUUCCAAGAAACGACUUUGGAGGUCUUUGAUGUUAUCUCGGAGGUGAAAGAGGACGUUUUUCUUGAAGAAGACGAGAUGGAAAAGCCUGUGGAGGUACCGACAGAGCCUAAAGUGACGGAACGAAAACCAUCGGAGUUGGCCGACGUCGCCGAAGAGGUGCCAAUUCAGGCGACUGUCUUGUCUGACAUUGAAAUGGAUGUUCCACCUAAAACCUUUGACGUUGAACAGCCGGUAGAUGUAGAGGUUCUAACUGAGAUUACGGAUCAGAAGUCAGUGGAUGUCACAGGUGUUGCUGAAGCCUCGGAGGAGAAGCCAUUCGAAAUAACUGAUGGAAUUGAGGUCGAAAAAGAUGUGACCGAAAUUGAAAAACCUGUAGAUGUUACAAUGCCCACCGAACCUACGAAAGAGAAAGAUGAGGAAGUAUUUGAAGUCAUCUCGGAGGUGAAGGAGGAAAUCGUUCGUGAAACAGAUGAGGUGGAAAAGCCUGUGGAGGUACCACCAGAGCCCGAGGUGACGAAACGAAAGCCAUUGGAGGUGGCCGAAGUCGCCGAAGAGGUGCCUGUUCAGGAGGCUGUCGUGUCUGAAAUCAAAGUGGAUACUCCACUUGAAACCUCCGACGUGGAAAAACCUCUGGAUGUAGAGGACGUGACUGGUGUCACGGAUGAUAAACCCACGGACGUCACGGGUGUUGCUGAGGACAUCGAGAAGAAGCCGUUCCAAGUGACUGAAGGAAUUGAGCUAGAGAAGGGCACGCCGUCGGAUGUAUUCGAAAUACAAAAACCCGUCGAGGAUUUAACGACCGCUGAGCCUUUCCAAGACGAACCUUUUGAGAUAAUCGAUGUCAUCUCGGAGGUGGAAGAGGAAGUGCGUCUUGAAAUAGAUAAGGUAGAAAAGCCUGCAGAGAUACCGACACAGCCUGAGGUGACGCAACGAAAGCCAUCGGAGUUGGCCGAAGUCGCCGAAGAGAUGCCGAUUCAGGAGGCUGUCUUGUCUGACAUCGAAGUGGAUACUCCCCUUGAAACAUCUGACGUUAAACAUCCUGUAGAUGUAGAGGUUCUAACUGAGAUCUUGGAUGAGGAGCCAGUGGAUGUCAGAACUGUUUCUGAGGAUGCGGAACAGAAGCCAUUUGAAGUGGCUGAUGAAAUUGAGAUUGAAAAAGACGUUACCGAAAUUGACAAACCUGUGGAUGUUACGAUGCCCACCGAACCUAUUAAAGAGAAGGCUGAUGAAGUAUUUGAAGUAAUCUCGGAGGUGAAAGAGGAAGUGCUGCUUGAAACAGAUAGGGUAGAAAAGCCUGUGGAGGUACCGACAGAGCCCGAGGUGACGGAACGAAAGCCAUCGGAGUUGGCAGGCGUUGCCGAAGAGGUGCCGGCUCAGGGGGCUGCCUUGUCGGAUAUCGGAGUAGAUACUUCCCUUGAAACCCCGGACUUUGAAAAACCUCUGGAUGUAGAGGACUUAACCGUUGUCACGGAUGAGGGGCCCACGGACGUCACCGGUGUUGCCGAGGACACCGAGAAGAAGCCAUUCCAAAAGACUGAUGGAAUUGAACUAGAAAAGGGCCCUCCAUCGUAUGUAAUCGAAAUAGAACAACAUGUUGAGGAAGCAACAACCGUUGAACCCUUCCAAGAGAAGCCUAUGGAGGUCUUUGAUGUUAUCUCGGAGGUGAAAGAGGACGUUUUUCUUGACGGAGACAAGGUGGAAAAGCCUGUGGAGGUACCGACAGAGCCAGUUGUGACGGAACAAAAGUCAUUGGAGUUGGUUGAAGGCGCCGAAGAGGUGCCAAUUCAGGCGACUGUCUUGUCUGGCAUGGAAAUGGAUAUUCCACUAAAAACAUCCGACGUUGAACAUCGUGUAGAUGUAGAGGUUUUAACUGACAUCCCAGAUGAGGAACCAGUUGAUGCCAAAGGUGUUGCUGAAGACGCGGAGAAGAAGCCAUUCGAAGUGACUGACGGAAUUGAGGUGGAAAAAGAUGUGACCGAAAUUGGCAAACCUGUGGAUGUUACAAUCCCCACCGAACCUACGAAAGAGGACGAUGAGGAAGUACUUGAAGUAAUCUCGGAGGUGAAAGAGGAAAUCGUUCGUGAAACAGAUGCGGUGGAAAAGCCCGUGGAGGUACUAGCAAAGCCCGAGGUGACGGAACGAAAGCCAUCGGCGGUGGCCGAAGUCGCCGAAGAGGUGCCUGUUCAGGGGGCUGUCAUGUCUGAAAUCGAAGUGGAUACUCCACUUGAAACCUCCGACGUGGAAAAACCCGUGGAUGUAGAGGACGUGACUGGUGUCACGGAUGAUAAACCCACGGACGUCACGGGUGUUGCUGGGGACAUCGAGAAGAAGCCGUUCCAAGUGACUGAAGGAAUUGAGCUAGAGAAGGGCACGCCGUCGGAUGUAAUCGAAAUACAAAAACCCGUCGAGUAUUUAACAACCGCUGAGCCUUUCCAAGACGAGCCUUUUGAGAUAAUCGAUGUCAUCUCGGAGGUGGAAGAGGAAGUGCGUCUUGAAAUAGAUAAGGUAGAAAAGCCUGCAGAGAUACCGACACAGCCUGAGGUGACGCAACGAAAGCCAUCGGAGUUGGCCGAAGUCGCCGAAGAGAUGCCGAUUCAGGAGGCUGUCUUGUCUGACAUCGAAGUGGAUACUCCCCUUGAAACAUCUGACGUUAAACAUCCUGUAGAUGUAGAGGUUCUAACUGAGAUCUUGGAUGAGGAGCCAGUGGAUGUCAGAACUGUUUCUGAGGAUGCGGAAAAGAAGCCAUUUGAAGUGGCUGAUGAAAUUGAGAUUGAAAAAGACGUUACCGAAUUUGACAAACCUGUGGAUGCUACGAUGCCCACCGAACCUAUUAAAGAGAAGGCUGAUGAAGUAUUUGAAGUAAUCUCGGAGGUGAAAGAGGAAGUGCUGCUUGAAACAGAUAGGGUAGAAAAGCCUGUGGAGGUACCGACAGAGCCCGAGGUGACGGAACGAAAGCCAUCGGAGUUGGCAGGCGUUGCCGAAGAGGUGCCGGCUCAGGAGGUUGCCUUGUCGGAUAUCGGAGUAGAUACUUCCCUUGAAACCCCGGACUUUGAAAAACCUCUGGAUGUAGAGGACUUAACCGUUGUCACGGAUGAGGGGCCCACGGACGUCACGGGCGUUGCCGAGUACACCGAGAAGAAGCCAUUCCAAAAGACUGAUGGAAUUGAACUAGAAAAGGGCCCUCCAUCGUAUGUAAUCGAAAUAGAACAACAUGUUGAGGAAGCAACAACCGUUGAACCCUUCCAAGAGAAGCCUAUGGAGGUCUUUGAUGUCAUCUCGGAGGUGAAAGAGGACGUUUUUCUUGACGGAGACAAGGUGGAAAAGCCUGUGGAGGUUACCGACAGAGCCAGUGGUGACAGAACAAAAGUCAUUGGAGCGACUGUCUUGUCUGACAUGGAAAUGGAUAUUCCACUUAAAACAUCCGACGUUGAACAUCCUGUAGAUGUAGAGGUUUUAACUGACAUCCCAGAUGAGGAACCAGUUGAUGCCAAAGGUGUUGCUGAAGACGCGGAGAAGAAGCCAUUCGAAGUGACUGACGGAAUUGAGGUGGAAAAAGAUGUGACCGAAAUUGGCAAACCUGUGGAUGUUACAAUCCCCACCGAACCUACGAAAGAGAACGAUGAGGAAGUACUUGAAGUAAUCUCGGAGGUGAAAGAGGAAAUCGUUCGUGAAACAGAUGAGGUGGAAAAGCCUGUGGAGGUACCAACAGAGCCCGAGGUGACGGAACGAAAGCCAUCGGAGGUGGCCGAAGUCGCCGAAGAGGUGCCGGUUCCGGGGGCUGUCAUGUCUGACAUCCAAGUGGAUACUCCACUUGAAACCUUCGACGUGGAAAAACCUGUGGAUGUAGAGGGCGUAACCGUUGUCAUGGAUGAGAAGCCAGUGGAUGUCAAAGGUGUUCCCGAGUACGUCGAGAAGAAGCCAUUCCAAGUGACUGAAGGAAUUGAGCUAGAAAAGGGCCCUCCAUCGCAUGUAAUCGAAAUAGAACAACACGUUGAGGAAGCAACAAUCGCUGAGCCCUUCCAAGAGAAGCCUUUGGAGGUCUUUGAUGUUAUCUCAGAGGUGAAAGAGGACGUUUUUCUUGACGGAGACAAGGUGGAAAAGCCUGUGGAGGUACCGACAGAGCCAGUGGUUACGGAACGAAAGCCAUCGGAGUUGGCCGACGUCGCCGAAGAGGUGUCGGCUCAGGCCACCGUCUUGUCUGACACUGAAUUGGAUGCUCCACUUAAAACCUUUGACGUUGAACAUCCUGUAGAUGCAGAGGCUCUAACUGAGAUUACGGAUGAGAAGCCAGUCGAUGUCACAGAUGUUGCUGAAGAGGCAGAGAAGAAGCCAUUCCCAAUUACUGAUGGAAUUGAGGUCGGAAAAGAUGUGACCGAAAUUCAAAAACCUGUGGAUGCUAGAAUGCUUACCGAACCUAUGAAAGGGGAGGCUGAUGAAGUAAUUGAAGUCAUCUCAGGGGUGAAAGAGGAAAUCGUCCGUGAAACAGAUGAGGUGGAAAAGCCUGUGGAGGUACCAGCAGAGCCCGAGGUGACGGAACGAAAGCCAUCGGUGUUGGCUGAAGUCGCCGAAGAGGUGCCGGUUCAGGAGGCUGUCAUGUCUGACAUCGAAGUGGGUACUCCACUUGAAACUUCCGACGUGGAAAAACCUGUGGAUGUAGAGGUUCUAACUGAGAUUGCAGAUGAGAAGCCAGUGGAUGUCACAGGUGUUGCUGAAGACGCGGAGAAGAAGCCAUUCGAAGUAACUGAUGGAAUUGAGGUCGAAAAAGAUGUGACCGAAAUUGAAAAACCUUUGGAUGUUACGAUGCCCACUGAACCUAUCAAAGAGAAGGCUGAUGAAGUAUUUGAAGUGAUCUCGGAGGUGAAAGAGGAAGUGUUCCCUGAAACAGAUAGGGUAGAAAAGCCUGUGGAGGUAUCGGCAGAGCGUGAGGUGACGGAACGAAAGCCAUCGGAGUUUGCCGACGUGGCCGAGGAGGUGCCGAUCCAGACAACCGUCUUGUCUGACAUUGAAAUGGAUGCUCCACUUAAAACCUUUGAUGUUGAACAGCCGGUAGAUGUAGAGGUUCUAACUGAGAUUACGGAUGAGAAGCCAGUGGAUAUCACAGGUGUGGCUGAAGACGCGGAGAAGAAGCCAUACGAAGUAACUGAUGGCAUUGAGGUCGAAAAAGAUGUGACUGAAAUUGAAAAACCUGUGGAUGUUACGACGCCCACUGAACCUAUCAAAGAGAAGGCUGAGGAAAUAUUUGAAGUCAUCUCGGAGGUGAAAGAGGAAGUGCUGCUCAAAACAGAUGAGGUAGAAAAGCCUGUAAAAGUGCCGACACAGCCUGAGGUGACGCAACGAAAGCCAACAGACUUGGCUGAAGUCGCCGAAGACGUGUCGGCUCAGGAGGCUGCCUCGUCUGAUAUUGGAGUGGAUACUUUCUUGGAAACCUCGGAGGUGGAAAAACCUGUUGAUAUAGAGGACGUAACCACAGUCACGGAUGAUAAACCCACGGACGUCACCGGUGUUGCCGAGGACAGCGAGAAGAAGCCACUCCAAGUGACUGAAGGAAUUGAGCUGGAGAAAGGCACUCCAUCGGAUGCAAUCGAAAUGGAAAAACCCGUCGAGGAGUUAACCGCUGAGCCUUUCCAAGACGAGCCUUUUGAGAUCAUCGAUGCCAUCUCGGAGGUGGAAGAGGAAGUGCGUCUUGAAACAGACAGGGUAGAAAAGUCUGUAGAGAUGCGGACACAGCCUGAUGUGAUGCAACGAAAGUCAUCGGAGUUGGCCGAAGUCGCCGAAGAGGUACCGAUUCAGGAGGCCGUCUUGUCUGACAUCGAAGUGGAUACUCCCCUCGAAAUAUCCGACGGUGAACAUCUUGUAGAUGUAGAAGUUCUUACUGAGAUCUUAGAUGAGGAGCCACUGGAUGUUAGAGCUGUUUCUGAGGAUGCGGAAAUGAAGCCAUUUGAAGUGGCUGAUGAAACUGAGAUCGAAAAAGAUGUGACCGAAAUUGAAAAACCUGUGGACGUUUUAACGCCCACUGAAUCUAUAAAAGAGAAGGCUGAGGAAGUAUUUGAUGUCAUCUCGGAGGCGAAAGAGGAAAUCGUUCGUGAAACAGAUGAGGUGGAAAAGCCUGUGGAGGUACCGACAGAGCCCGAGGUGACGGAACGAAAGCCAUCGGAGUUGGCUGAAGUCGCCGAAGAGAUGCCGAUUCAGGAGGCCGUCAUGUCUGACAUCGAAGUGGGAACUCCACUUGAAACCGUGAGCGCUGAACAACCUGUAGGUGUGGAGGUUCUGACUGAGAUUACGGAUGAGAAGCCAGUGGAUGCCACAGGUGCGGUUGAAGACGCGGAGAAGAAGCCAUUCGAAGUAACUGAUGGAACUGAGGUCGAAAAAGAUGUGACCGAAAUUGAAAAACCUGUGGAUGUUACGAUGCCUACUGAACCUUUCAAAGACAAGGCUGAAGAAGUAUUUGAAGUAAUCUCGGAGGUGAAAGAGGAAGUGCUGCUUGAAACAGAUAGGGUAGAAAAGCCUCUGGAGGUACCGACAGAGCCUGAGGUGACGGAACUAAAGCCACCGGAGUUGGCCCAAAUCGCUGAAGAGGUGCUGGCUCAGGAGGCUGCCUUGUCGGAUUUCGGAGUGGAUACUUCCCUUGAAACCUCGGACGUGGAAAAAUCUGUGGAUGUAGAGGACGUAGCCGUUGUCACGGAUGAUAAGCCCACGGACGUAACCAGUGUUCCUGAGGACAGCGAGAAGAAGCCACUCCAAGUGACUGAAGGAAUUGAGCUAGAGAAGGGCACUCCAUCGGAUGUAAUCGAAAUAGAGCAACCUGUUGAGAAAGCAACGACCGCUGAACCCUUCCAAGAGAGGCCUUUGGAGGUCUUUGACGUUAUCUCGGAGGUGAAAGAGGACGUUUUUCUUGAAGGAGACGAAAUGGAAAAGCCUGUGGAAGUGCCGACAGAGCCAGAGGUGACGGAACGAAAGCCAUUGGAGUUGGCCGAAGUCUCCGAAGACGUGCCAAUUCAGGCGACUGUCUUAUCUGACAUGGAAAUGGAUAUUCCACUUAAAACAUCCGACGUUGAACAUCCUGUAGAUGUAGAGGUUCUAACAGAGAUUACAGAUAAGGAACCAGUGGAUGUCAAAGGUGUUGCUGAAGACGCGGAGAAGAAGCCACGCGAAGUGACUGACGGAAUUGAGGUGGAAAAAGGUGUGACCGAAAUUUACAGACCUGUGGAUGCUACAAUGCCCACCGAACCUACGGAAGAGAAGGAUGAGGAAGUAUUUGAAGUAAUCUCGGAGGUGAAAGAGGAAAUCGUUCGUGAAACAGAUGCGGUGGAAAAGCCCGUGGAGGUACUAGCAAAGCCCGAGGUGACGGAACGAAAGCCAUCGGCGGUGGCCGAAGUCGCCGAAGAGGUGCCUGUUCAGGGGGCUGUCAUGUCUGAAAUCGAAGUGGAUACUCCACUUGAAACCUCCGACGUGGAAAAACCUGUGGAUGUAGAGGACGUGACCGGUGUCACGGAUGAUAAACCCACGGACGUCACCGGUGUUGCCGAGUACAUCGAGAAGAAGCCAUUCCAAGUGACUGAAGGAAUUGAGGUAAAGAAGGGCAUUCCAUCGGAUGUAAUCGAAAUAGAACAAGCUGUUGAGGAAACAGCAACCGCUGAGCCUUUCCAAGACGAGCCUUUUGAGAUCAUUGAUGUCAUCUCGGAGGCGGAAGAGGAAGUGCGUCUUGAAACAGAUAAGGUAGAAAAGCCUGCAGAGAUACCGACACAGCCUGAGGUGACGCAACGAAAGCCAUCGGAGUUGGCCGAAGUCGCCGAGGAGGUGCCGAUUCAGGAGGCUGUCUUGUCUGACAUCGAAGUGGAUACUCCCCUUGAAAUAUCCGACGUUAAACAUCCUGGAGAGAUAGAGGCUCUCACUGAGAUCUUGGGUGAGGAGCCAGUGGAUGUUAGAGAUGUUUUUGAGGGUGCGGAAAAGAAGCCAUCUGAAGUGGCUGAUGAGAUUGAGAUAGAAAAAGAUGUGACCAAAAUUGAAAGACCUCUGGAUGUUGCAACGCCCACUGAAUCUGUGGAAGAGAAGACUGAAGAAGUAUUUGACGUGAUCUCGGAGGCGAAAGAGGAAAUCGUUCGUGAAACACAUGAGGUGGAAAAGCUUGCGGAGGCACCAACAGAGCCCGAGGUGACGGAACGAAAGCCAUCGGAGUUGGCCUGAAGUCGCCGAAGAGGUGCCGGUUCAGGAGGCUGUCAUGUCUGACAUCGAAGUGGGUACUCCACUUGAAACUUCCGACGUGGAAAAACCUUUGGAUGUAGAGGUUCUAACUGAGAUUACAGAUGAGAAGCCAGUGGAUGUCACAGGUGUUGCUGA